GUCAACAAAACAUCCCAAAAAUGGAUCAAUGGAAAGGAAAAGUUGCCGUUGUAACAGGCGCAAGUGCAGGGAUCGGCGCUGAUAUUGUGCGAGAUUUGAUGAAAGCCGGUGUUCACGUAGUUGGUUUGGCCCGCAGAAAAGAACGGAUGGAAAAAUUAUCUUUAGAAUUAGCAAAUGCUCCCGGAAAACUUUACCCCAUAGAAUGUGACAUUUCCAACAUGGACUCAAUUUCAAAGGCAUUCAAGGAAAUUGAGACGAAACUGAAGGUCGUACAUAUUCUCAUCAACAAUGCUGGAAGAACAAAAUUCGGAAACUUUUUCGAUGAAAAGAUGCCAUUUGAUGAGAUAAAAGCGACAUUUGAUGUUAAUUUAACUGGAUUGGCUGCCUGUACGAAAGCAGCUCAUAAAUUAAUGAAAAAGCACAAAGACAAUUGCUACAUUAUUAAUAUAAACAGUGUCGCGGGUCAUGUUACUAUUCAACCUGUAUUUUUGUCUUCGAACGUAUAUUUUACAACGAAACAUGGCUUAACUACUUUCAGCAAUACGAUUCGUCUUGAAUUGAAUUCUGAGGGAAAUCGUCGUAUCAAAGUGACGAAUGUUAGUCCAGGACGUAUAUUGACGGAAUUUGGCGAAGCAGGAGGAUAUCCGACAGAAUUGAUGGAAGCUUCAAAGAAUGAACCAGCUUUAACGGGAAAAGAUGUUUCGAGCACGAUCAUGUAUUUAUUGAGUACUCCUGCACAUAUGAACAUUACUGAAUUGACUGUUCAACCUACGGGAGAAGCAUUUUAAUAUAUAAAACAAUGGAAAAUUUCAAAAUAAAGUAGUUUGAAAUAGAAACAAC